AAAGCUUCUUGGUCAACCAGCAUCUGUACAUAUAUUACCUUAAUAUAUAGAAGUCUUUCCAUCAUUCCUUCUACACGUACAUCGCGACUUUUUAACUUCAUGCGAUAAGACCGUCUCCUUAAUCACGGUAUCGAUGCUUUUAGUUCAAAACCGAACCUAGUCAAAAACUAUGCUCUCUUCAGGCGAAGGGCAGCUGAAAGAGAAGUCGGUUUUAAAUAAGCUGUUCGGGGGCAUCCAGGCAGCGAUAGGAGCCCGGAAGAAAGGCAGCUUUGGAGAGGACAAUGCCUUUUACUACCAUCCCAAGUUGCAACGAUGGGUAGAGCGCGGUAAGGAAGGUGAAGCUGCAAAGGAAUCGGAGCUGCCGCCCCCACCGAUGACAAACUGCGGUCUCGGAGGCGCAACGCCUAAGAAGCGGUCGCUUGCUGAACGCUACAAGCUGCAGGACAACCUGCGCGUCUCCAAAAGCACCGCUGGCAGCCACGGCCAAGUCACACAACCGCACACCUCCCCCCCAAGCGUUCCCUUUCCACCACCGCCGCUGGUGCUGCCGUUCCACGACAAUUCAGGCAUGCACCUCGCUACCUUUUCCUGUGUCGACUACGACUCCCUACCGUCCUCGGGCCCGCCCAGCGCCUCCUCAGAGUGCAGCGCGGGGAGCGCCGGCAGCAGCAGCAGCAGCACCGCCUCCACCCGCAGCGACAGCGCCACAUCCUUCGGGAGCUCCGCCGCGAGCAGCCGUAACAGCAGCAGCAGCAGUAGCGCCAGCACCCACAGCGCUAGCAGCAGCAAGAGGAGCAGUGAGGCCGGCUCGGGUGAGGAUGGAAAAGCGGAGGAUUGUUCGCAGGAUGUCUCGUCGCCCAGCUCGCAGGAUUCGCAGGGGUCGUUUGCCCUGUUAGAGGGCGCCCUGGCUGAGCGGUUCGUGUCCGCAUCAGGUCCGCACCAGCAGUGCGGUGGCGUCAGGGUGACUGCGAGCACCUCGCUUGAGGCCCCGGCUGCAGCCGAGGAGCAGGGUGGCGCCGCCGGGGUAGCUGCUGCGGUGCACGGGUUUGUGGAUGAGCGCAUCUGGAUGGGAGCGGUGGAGGGCAGCAGCAGCGGCGGCAAGAGGCUGGAGGAUGUGCUUGGUUUUGUUGGCAGCGGCGACAGCAGGGUGGGGGCUGCACAGGUGGCGGUCAACUAUGGCGUGAGUGUGCAGCAUGCGACAGCAGCAGCAGCAGCCGGUUUUACUGCGGCAGGAACGACAGUUGGUGGUAUGGGCAUGGCUGAGGACGACUUGAAGGAAAAUGGGCCGUCUCUCGCUUCACCGGCGACAGUGGUGCUGCAAGAAGGGGCCGUUGUGGAGUACUUCGAGGCCUUGGCGUCAGCGGUGCCCGACGCCGACAUCCUUGAGGCGGCCGCGCAGGAGGUUUCCGGAGCUGCCACCCGCGGCGCAGAUGAUGCAAUAGGUGGGAGUGGGGACUUCUGCGCUCUGAGCCGCUUCUCAUCCAUGUCGCUGUCGUUCUCCGACCUGCCAUGCUGCGGGCUCGGGGACACGGCGGAAGGCUGGGAGCGGGAGCAACAGCCACACCAGGCCGAGCAGGCGCGGGUUGCUGGCAGCCUCCAAGGCCAGGAAUCCCUCGAGACCCAAGCCUGCAGCAACCCAACUGGAACUGGGUCUGGUCUGUCCUUUCCUGCAUGCGAGGAGUUCUCUUUUACCUUUGCACCCCGGAUGGUAGAGCCGGCGCCAACCCCGAAGCUGGGCGCUGGCUGGCGCUCUGGCAAGACGGCGGCGACCCACAUGCAGAGCGCAGCCGCAAGCCAGCCUCUAGCCGCCGACGACACCGUACCAUCGCAUGAUCCACCCUUGUCCAAGAAUGCCACGCAGCAGGGUGCCACGCAGCCCACCACGAGGAGCAGCACUGCAUCCAUGCGCCUGCCGGGGUGCAAGGCGGCACCAGGCGGCAGCUUCAAUAGCAACACCAGCAGCGGCCGCAAUGUGGACCCGGCCGCCGUGGACUCGGCUCUGCAGGUCCUCAAGCAGCUGCGCGGCUCCCUGCUUCUGGCGGGAGCAGCUCCUGGACGACACAGCGCGCAGGAGGACGAGGGCCCGGGAGGUCGCCCUGCUAGCGGGAAUGGCGGCAGCAGCUGCGGCGGCACCCACACCGCUGCUGCUGAGGUGGCGGCUGGUGGGAGCCUAAGCGCAUCCAUAGCCCAGGCGGCCCAGGCGCUCGCAGGCAUUGGGCUGCUGCCCCAAGCACCGGGCCGCGGCCGUAGCGCGGCUGGAUCAGGGCCACCAGUUGAUAAACGCUGCAACAAAAGCGGCGCCGACGACGUCGGCAGCGGCAACAAGGGCAUUGCAGGCAUGCAUGUUGUCAAGGACGGCAGCCGCGGUAGCAGCGACGACAGUCGUGUUGUGGAUCAGCAACGAGCUGAUGGUCUGGAGCCACGCACCUUACAGCUCGACGCCGCCCUGCAACUCACCAAGGCGCGUGACCGUGGACCUGGGCUCGCGGGGGACGUGUUGGAGCUGCCAGACACAGGCUCCGCCGCAGCUGACCAGCUACCAAACACACGCACGGCAGCAGAUGAACAGCGUCACCUCUCCAUGGCCGUCGCAGAGGCAUCCAGCCCCGUCGCAGCUGGUUCCCUAUCCCAGCUUUGCGUUUCAGGUGGCGCUUGCCGCGCUACAGCAGCUACCAGGACCUCAUCACACGGCACCCCUACCGCGAAACCUGCCCCUAUCGCUGGUGCUCUGUCGGCUGCUAGUGCUGCGCGCACGGCUGGGCAACUGCUGCGCAGCGGACACCCACCGCUACUACGGCAACGGAAGAAGUCCCAGAAGAAGGUGCUGGUGGCGCUGCCUGUGCGGGUACGGCCAGGUUGUACGACGCUGCAGGGGCGCCUCUCGGCUGCAUGUUCGGGCCAGGUAGCCAUGGCUCGGGACGUCGCCGCGCUGCUGUACAGGCACACCGCGCUGCGGCGGAGGUUCGCGGUGCUGCGAGCGGAGCGGGGCAGCCUAGCUCAGCAGCUGGCGCAGGAGCGGGCGCAACACAAGGCAGUAGCGCAGCAGCUGGAGAGGAUGGCGUUGCAUGGGCAUGGGAAGAGUGAUUUGCUGGAGACGGAUGCAAGGGCUGCUGCGGCGGGCAGGGGCGAGGUCAGUAGUGCAAGACACACGCGAGGAGAGUAUGAUGAGCAGGUGUUGUCCUCCACCGCGCCUGAUGAGCUCACGGCGGCGGCUGCUGCGGAGGCGGCUGUCAGGGAGGCACAGGAGCUACGGUCGCAGCUGGACGAGCUGCUGCUGUGUCUGGGGCAGGAGAGCAGCAAGGUGCAGCUGCUGGCGCAGGCGCUGCGAGAGAGGGGCGGAGACCCCGAGCACAUUAUUGAGCAGGUUGAGGCCGAGUAUGAGACGAUGAGCUGAGUAGGAGACGUGCAGAGCGGAGCAGGAGUGCGGGCAAAAGGUUGGCACUUUGGCGCCGGUAGAGCAGGCGCGGCGCGGUUUAGUAUAGGGUACAGGGCAAAGCCUUGUAAGCAGGAGAGGUGCUGCGGAGAGGGUGCGAGGGUGCUUUUAGUGCAUCGGCAUUGUCCCAGGGAUGAGCAGAGUGCGCCUGGGAGGAAUUUGCGGAGUAAUAGCAGCGUGGGCUGAGCAAGAGGGGUGCAGGGCUCGCGGCUGUGGGAGGUAGGGUCCUGCGGGAGGGGAAGUACAGGGUAGUGGCUGCAGGUCAUCCGCCUUUCAGAGUAUUAGGACAUGCGUAGAGGUGUGAGCUGGUGUGUCUUGUUUGGUAGUUGCUUAGGAGGGGAUAUAGUUCCAUCUUGUUAAUCCUCAGCAAACACAGCAAAUAAAACUGCGUGCCUAACGGAGUGUGGACACACGUGUCGGUUCUGUCCUUACUGUAUUUUUUGCUGCUGGUACUCCGGCAAGGCGAGCAGUGUAGGAAGCAGCUGCCGGCCGGCUGGCCGGCCGGUUUGCCCCUAAACACCGUUUUGCACAUUUAGUAACACUUGGAGGGCCGCGUCAAGUACACUACCGCGUGGUCGUAAGGUCGUAAGGGCACCUAGUAACAGUCCCGCUGGCAGUGAGUGGGCUAGGGUAAGUGCCUAGUACGCACAGUCCCCCUGGCAGUGUGUGGGCUAGGGUAAGUCCCGUGCGCUGGACCUGACCUGGCCUAUACUCUGUCGGGUGACGCCUCAUAUCGUCGUAUGCGGUCCAA